GUCUACAGGCCAGCACUGUGCAGUUUAUGGGUGCACAAACAACCAGCGGAAAAGAACGAUUUUGGGGACUAUAGUGUGUCCACAACACAGCACUCCGCGAGAGCAUUGCCGAUGUGGUAUGUUCACGCUGCACCGGUUUCCUGCAUCACCUGAUUUGCGGCGUCAAUGGAUAGCUGCUGUGAACCGGAAAGAUUUUACAGUGUCCUCGUGGUCGCGAGUUUGCUCACGACAUUUCGUUGGCGGAAGAAAGACUGACGAGAACGCUGUGCCCGCGCUGCAUUUGGGCUACGACAGAAAAGUGGUUUUGGGACGGCGUCGUCUGGUGAGGCACGAAUACAUCCCGCCAGCUAAGAAGGCGAAGUGCAUGCCCAGCGACGAGAGCACAGGAACUUCUGACGAUCGGCCCUUAGAUUCUGGCUUCGAAGCCUGCGCACAUAAGGAGCCAUCUGAGGGAGCACAGGCAGACAGCGAAUGCUUUGAGGACACAGACGCUUCCACUGAGCCAUCUGAGAGAGCACAAGCAGACAGCGAAUGCUUUGAGGACACAGACGCUUCUACUGAGCCAUCUGAGAGAGCACAAGCAGACAGCGAAUGCUUUGAGGACACAGACGCUUCUACUGAGCCAUCUGAGGGAGCACCAGCAGACAGUGAACGCUUUGAGGACGCAGACACUUCCACUGUGCUACCCAAGGGAGCACAUGAAGACUGUCAGCAGUUUCAAGAUGCACACUUUUCCACACUCACUGCUCUGUCCUCAAUAUAAUUUCAAGCCUAAGUUUCUGCCCCACAGUGU